AUGUCUGCCACCAAUCCAUAUGCCGCGCAAGCCGGUUCAACAUUUAAAGAGGUGGCUUCGCCCUCACAACCCUCGUCUCCGGACCACCAAAAUGUCGAAAAGGCGGAUUCCAAGUCGGUUUCGGCUGAUGGCUCGAAUGAGCCACCGGCAGAGGAGCUUCGACGAGCGCUCGGUACUCGUCACAUGGUCAUGAUCGCCAUCGGCGGCAUCAUCGGACCGGGUCUGCUCGUAGGUUCCGGACAGGCGUUGGCGAAUGCUGGACCUGUAGGAGCCUUGAUCGCCUUUGCGAUCACAGGCGCGAUUGUCUAUUUCGUAUUGCAAGCGCUUGGAGAAAUGGCAACGCUGUUCGCGAUUCGCGGAUCAUUUAUCGAAUAUGCCGGCAGGUGGGUCGAUCCUGCUCUGGGCUUCGUGGCGGGCUGGAUCUACUGGGAACUGUGGAUCAGCGUCCUCGCCAACGAAUACAACGCCGUCGCCAUUGUCAUCCGAUAUUGGGAUGGUGCUCAAGCCGUCCCAACAGGUGCGUGGAUCGCCAUCUUCUGGGUCCUCUUUAUGGGACUUUCCAUGCUUGGUGUCCUAGCGUACGGCGAGGUGGAGUUUGUGCUUGCUACCGUCAAGGUGAUCGGCAUCGUCGUCUUUUUCAUCCUCAGCAUCGUCAUCAACGUAGGUGGUGCAGGAGGCGAUCAGGGUUACAUCGGAUUCCGUUACUUCAAGACGCCCGGUCCUUUCAACGGAUCCGGUUUGGACGCCCUCAACGGUAUCGCCAAGAUCCUUGUCGUUUCAGCAACGCUGUACGCCGGAACCGAAGCGACCGCCAUCACCGCAGCAGAGGCAAAGAACCCUGCCAAGGCGGUUCCUAUCGCGAUUCGUUCCGUCUUCUAUCGAAUUCUCGUCCUCUACCUCGGCACCAUCUUUUUCAUCGGCCUCAAUGUGCCUUCUGACGAUCCGUCGCUUGUCUCGGCAAAGUCCAAGGCGGCUGCAUCACCUCUUACUAUCGCACUUAAGCGUGGCGGCAUCGGUGCAGCUGCUUCGCUCAUCAACGCUCUCAUCAUCCUCAGCGUGAUCUCGGCCGGAAACUCUUCGCUCUACAUUGCCUCGCGUACUCUGCAAUCACUCGGAGCUACCGGUCGCGCGCCAAAGAUCUUCGGAUGGACUUCGGCAACUGGCAAAGUGCCCAUCCCGGCAUUGGUGCUUUCCAACCUGGUCGCUCUGAUCUCGCUGCUCUCCAUCAACGCCGGCGCUUCGACCGUCUUCACCUACAUCAUCAACAUCUCUGGUGUCAGCACGUUUGUCAUCUUUGCCAUCAUCUGCCUCUGCCAUAUUCGCUUCCGUCAAGCAUGGCUCAGGCAAGGAAAGAGUCUGGACGAGCUACCUUUUAAGGCGUUUCUCGCUCCGUACGGUUCGUGGGGAGCGUUUAUUCUCAACAUCGUCUUGAUGUUUUUCCAGGGCUACACGACGUUUUUGAACCCCAGAAAGGCGGCGGACAUUGUUGUGGCGUACAUUGUUAUUCCUGUUGCAGUGGUCUUGUAUUUCGGCUGGAAGCUCUGGCACAAGACCCAGGUCGUUGCGCUCGAGGAUCUGGAUCUGGAUAGUGGAAGGCGACUCAUCGAGGAUUUCGAGCCUUUACAGGAUUUGCCCGACGACGAGGUGCUCGAGAAGAACAAGCCGUGGUACAAGAAUCCCAAAAAGAUCUUCGGCCGAAUCCUGGCAUGA